AUGGCUACAAUGGUGACGAUGUUGCAGCUGCUUGAUUGCAGUAUUCCUAUCUGGCCUACACAACUCGGGUGGUACACUGAAAUGGCAUGGUCACUGUCUGAGGUGCAUGGGGGUUGGACCAAGCUGGUUCACCCAUCAGGAGCCAUAUAUAACUACAAUGUGGGAAUGAAAACAUUCGCCAAAAUGAACUUGAGGACUUGUUCAGAGGAACGGCUCUGGAGGCUUGAGUCCUGGGUCAGAGUGUCAAGAGCCAAGCUAAACAGAAAGGGAUAUCUGCUAGUCGUGGAGCCAAUCGUAGUGCAAGAGAAGGAAGUCUAUCCAUACUAUUACGUUGUCCCAGAGAAUUAUAUGAUUACCUGGGUGGAGCCAGUGAAUGGCUACCUUCUUUCCAGGAAUCUAUGGCAUUGCACUGGAAUCAUAAAAGACUCGAACUGGAGGCUCAAUUUUGUAAGAGCUUUGCGAAUUCAGCUGAACUGGUAUCACAUAGAAGCAUUGGCCAUUGAACAGUCAACAGCAGCUUCAAUAUUCUGGACUCUGGACCAGAUGAAGGAAAUGACCGAUGAGCUGAUCAUUACUGGCAUGUACCUUUAUCUUCACCAUUCAAUCCACAUUAAUCAAAUUGAUGACUGA